AUGGCUGACCGUUCGGUCAUCGAUCCGCUGGCUGCUGCGACCGAGACGCUGAUGGCGGCCGUUCAGGGUUACGUCCGCGCAGCCGUUGCUUCUGGGGUGGCUAACAGUCAGUCUCAACUCACCGUUGCCCAAGUCGACCCCCUUCAGGUUCUCUCCGAUGCCGCUGUCCAGGAGAACAGAGGUUUGAAGGAGAAGAGCAAGAAGAUUGAGAGUAAUAAGGAGCAAGACAAGAAAAUUGACUCCUCCAAAGCCCUUCUUACCCCAUACCCCGGCUCUGGCAUUGAUACCUAUGGUCAUAAACACCCUCGCCAUUCAUUCCCCAAAGCCGAGUUUCAUCUCUUCAAGAAGCUUCCGCUCGAGCUUCGCAUGAAGAUUUGGAAGUUCGCCCUACCAGGUGGAAGAAUUUUCGAGUUAUCCGGUCCUGAUGUGCACUUUCAUCGCCUCAUGCGUGUCACUCAACCGGACCCUUCACAAAACAACCCUGUUGUCAACACCCGCAUUGCAUCCGGCCUUCCCGACAUGGCCAUCACCGCUCAUAAGACGCCUAAGCUUCGUCUAGCCUGCAAAGAAGCGAACACGGCCUUUCUCGAGACCGGGCGCUUCGAGUUCGGCCUGUUUGGCAGCCACUACAAGGGUGUGUGGUUCAACCACUCGGAGGAUAUCCUCUAUCUACGUGCGGAACCUACGAGCUGGAUUAACAUCGACAUGUCACGUAUCGUCCGCGUCGCCCUCCCUCAUACCAAGCUCAUGAACAAGGACAAUUGCAACGCCAAGAUAGAUGUUAUUCUCAACUACUUUACCUCUUGCCGCGAGAUCAUCAUGCUGCAAGCUGUGGACUGGGAAUACCGCUCAUGUCUUCCCCAUCCCCGCAUGCCACCUAAGUUGUACACACUGAAAGACGAUGAUAUUGUCAGCGUUCAUGAUUACCCCAUGGAGAUGUCGACAGAGAUAGGAAAUGUUGCUCACUGGAAGGACGUCAAGCGCAUCGUCGAGCAGUUGUGGAAGGAACACGUGAUUCAGGCCAGGGGCCUCAGUGAGAGCAGAAUUCCCAAGUUUGCAGGUAUGGAGAUGUUGAGAGCCAGACCCGGUCUCUUUGACUAG